AUGCUAGUUGUCCCACAAAGGCUCUUUAGUGUUUCCACGGUGGUUAAAAACUCGUCGUCGUCAGGGUUCCCCAGCUUCAACUUUAAUUUCAAUCAUCUUUUGAAUUCAAAUCUUAAAUUUUUACCGAGUAUUAGAAGGAAAUCAAUAGCGCAUGACGAAACGGCUGCUAUCGACACGUCAAGCAAAGUGAGGGCUAUUCAAAAUCGCUACAAGAGAUCAACGCAUCCUACAUCCGUACCAUUAAACAAGCUAUUCUCAAACAACUUCCCUUUGUCCAUCAGUGAUUCUAUUGACGAUUAUGCUUACAGACAUAACCCAUUAAAAUUCCAACAUGACUUGUUAUCUCUUUUACCAUUUUAUCCGCAUCCUGACUCGACAGGAAGGUCAAGUCAGGUUCUCCAGGUUAAGCUUGAUUCGGGGAAUUAUAUUAACGAGUUUGUUAUUUAUCCCCCUAAUAAAACAGAAGCGGAUUCAAGUACUAUGAAUCAUUUGAUAAUGAUCCAUGGUUACGGUGGAGGAUUAGGUUUUUUCUUGAAGAAUUUCGAUGAAAUAUCCUCUCUUGACAACUGGUGUAUCCAUUCCAUAGAUCUAUUGGGUUAUGGUUGCUCGUCAAGACCACCUUUCAAGCUAGCUAAAGAUGAUUUAGAACAUGUUGAAAAGUGGUUCCACGAUUCUUACACAGAAUGGCUCGUAAAAAGAAAUCUUAGUAACUUACCAUCCCUGCAAGUUCUAGUGAUGGGACACUCCAUGGGUGCAUAUUUGAUGGCUACUUAUGGAGUUAAGGUUAAUCCUAAGUUCUGUCGUAAAUUAUUAAUGAUAUCACCAGGUGCAGUAAUUAAGCACAGGAAACAAAUAUUUGUUCCUAAAUAUUUUGCCAAACUUUGGGAACAAAAUAUUUCCCCAUUCACCUUGGUGAGAAAAGCUGGUCCAUUAGGCUCUAAAGUAGUAAGUGGAUGGUCUUCUCGAAGGUUUGCAAAUUUACCAUCUAAAGAAUCAAAAUUACUACACAAGUAUGCCUAUGGCAUCUUCCAAAGUCCUGGCUCAGGUGAGUAUAUGCUCAAUUAUCUACUUGCGCCAGGAGCUGAUGCACGAUUCCCCUUACUGGAGAGAGAUAUUCAUAAACUCGACUGUGAAGUGUUAUGGUGCUAUGGUAAAGAAGAUUGGAUGGACAAACAUGGUGGUGAAUUAUGUUCAAAACUAAUAAACAGACAACAUAAAGAUCCGAAUAGAAGUAAGGUUUUAGAAAUUGAGGAUAGUGGACAUCAUAUAUAUCUCGAUAAUAUUAAAAAGUUUAAUAAGCUAUUACUAGACGAAAUGGAAAAGUUUUAG